GUUUGAUCAACGGUGGUGUUUUGAUGGAAGUUGAUGUUGUUUGUGGAGUGUUUUUAUUCAUUUCUCUUCAAUUCACGAUUAAGACAAGUCAUACGAAAAAGGGAAUUUGGUGGGCUAUGGACUAAUAGAGAGGUUAUGACUAAUAGCUAAGUGACACACCGUUUUAAUUUAAAUUCAUAGCUAGAUGCGUUGCUAUUGAACCCUCGGGAAGAAAGAAAACAGCAACGUAACGUCAGUCAACGGUUCGAGACGUUCUUUGUUUAUGGUGUGCCAGACCGAACUGCAGUAUUUUGUUAUUUCCUUUUGAAUAUCUUUUUAUAUUUAUUUAUAAUUGUGCGUGUUUAAUUACAAUAACGUUACUCGAUUUAUAACCGGUGUUAGCAAUAUCUGAAUAGCAAUAGCCUGUUAUUAACGUUAUAACGUUAUUUACAAGUCGACAAAGUUGUUGUCAAGUUGCUGAGUUGUCCUCUGAUCAGAAGCGAGGCAGCUUAGCACAACGUGAGGAGUGUGGAAAUAUUUGGAACUAGUUACUUCGUGUGUUGUGUGAUCGUCAUUUGCACAUAGCUAUCUCGGUCAGCUCAACCUGUUGGUAGAGCUACAUGUCAGCCACUAGCCUGUAAGUCUCAGUUGACUUAGUGUACUAGCUAGCUAACUUACCAAGUUGAUUGCCCAAUUCCUUUGUUUCUUGUCAGCAGGGAUCACUGCAAAGUAUGUUAACGGUAGUAACGUUUGUGUCAUUGCUAGAUUUUGUCUGUCUUCGUCUCUGAAAGAUACUUUUCAGGUUUUCAUGCAAACUUGUAUUGUUUGUCUUUGAAUUAAGUAUUCUUUAUUGUGUUGUUAACUUUAAUAUUGUUCCGAAACUGUGCAAUUGAUAAAGAGUGAUUAAGAAGAUAAGGAUUAGGCAGUCUAGUAUUAAAGGAAGCUCUAGUUCUGGCACAACAAGCAGAGAAGCUCGUAGAAUAUCCUUCUCACUACUUGCCAAUGCUGGAUCUGGAAGUUGUUCCUGAGAGAUCUUUAGGAAAUGAACAAUGGGAAUUCGCAUUAGGGAUGCCAUUGGCCCAGGCCAUUUCCAUAUUACAGAAACACUGCCGCAUUAUCAAGAAUGUCCAGGUUCUCUACAGUGAACAGACACCACUCAGUCAUGACCUCAUACUCAAUUUGACUCAGGAUGGAAUUAAACUGCUGUUUGACGCCUGUAACCAGAGACUGAAGGUGAUUGAAGUAUAUGACUUGAGCAAAGUGAAAUUGAAAUACUGUGGAGUACAUUUUAACACUCAGGCUAUAGCACCGACCAUUGAGCAGAUUGACCAGUCGUUUGGCGCCACACACCCUGGAGUGUACAAUGCUGCAGAGCAACUGUUCCACCUAAACUUCAGAGGACUCUCCUUCUCCUUCCAGCUUGACUCAUGGAAUGAAGCUCCCAAGUAUGAGCCUAACUUUGCCCAUGGCUUGGCCUCCCUGCAGAUUCCCCAUGGGGCCACUGUGAAGCGGAUGUACAUCUACACUGGAAACAACCUGCAGGACACCAAGGCUCCCCUGAUGCCCAUGGCCUGUUUCCUUGGCAACGUGUAUGUGGAGUGUGUGGAUGUGCUGAGGGAUGGGGCCGGGCCACUUGGACUGAGACUCCGCCUCCUCACUGCAGGUUGUGGGCCAGGAGUGAUGGCUGAUGCCAAGGUGCGGGCAUUGGAGAGGAACAUCUACUUUGGAGACUCCUGUCAGGAUGUGCUGAGCGCUUUGGGCUCACCUCACAAGGUCUUCUACAAGUCUGAAGACAAGAUGAAGAUUCACUCUCCCUCGCCACACAAGCAGGUUCCGUCCAAAUGCAAUGACUACUUCUUCAACUACUUCACCCUGGGGGUGGACAUACUCUUUGAUUCUAGCACACACCUGGUGAAGAAGUUUGUCCUUCAUACUAACUUCCCUGGCCAUUACAAUUUCAACAUAUAUCAUCGAUGCGAUUUCAAGAUACCACUUGUCAUCAAGAAAGAAGGGGCUGACCCCCAGGGGGAGGACUGUAUCCUCACCACUUUCAGCAAGUGGGAUCAAAUUCAGGAGCUACUUGGACACCCCAUGGAGAAGCCGGUUGUACUCCAUAGAUCAUCCUCAGCCAAUAAUACCAAUCCCUUCGGCUCUACGUUCUGUUUUGGCCUACAGCGAAUGAUCUUUGAGGUCAUGCAGAACAACCACAUAGCUUCAGUGACUCUGUACGGCGCUCCCAGACCCAGCAGCCGGGCCCGAGCCGAGGCCGGCACCCACUGAACAGCGCCCCACUGCCACCCCGACCCGGGCCACCGCCCCACCCCAGGCCGAGGCCAGUCUCUCUCUUCUCCAGUCCGCUCCACAGCAGCGCCGGAACGAUCAGCGCAGCGUCCCUCGGUCUCGCCCACUGCCAUGUUCACACCGGAGAGGCCUGCCGGGAGCUUCCCCUGGACCCAUCUCCCCCGUACGACAGGCACCUGAUCCCGCCUCCGUGGUCUCCUGCCCCCUCUGCCUCGCCCCGCCCAUGUGAUCUUCCUCGCCCCACCCACAUGGUCUCCUGUCCCCUCUUCCUUGCCCCGCCCACGUGAUCUCCUGUCCCCUCUUCCUCGCCCCACCCACAUGGUCUCCUGUCCCCUCUGCCUCGCCCCGCCCACGUGAUCUCCUGUCCCCUCUUCCUUGCCCCGCCCACAUGGUCUCCUGCCCCCUCUGCCUCGCCCCACACACAUGGUCUCCUGCCCCCUCUGCCUCGCCCCACACACAUGGUCUCCUGCCCCCUCUGCCUCGCCCCACACACAUGGUGUCCUGCCCCCUCUGCCUCGCCCUACCCACAUGGUGUCCUGCCCCCUCUGCCUCGCCCCACCCACGUGGUCUCCUGCCCCCACUGCCUCGCCGCGCCCACGUGGUCUUCAUCAGCAGAAAACUCAUUAGACGUGGUCAGACGUGCUGGCGGUGUUAAACCAGUGCACAUGUGUAUGCUGGUGUGGCCAACACAGUGGCCUACUUACACAAACAAGCACCCGCGCAUGCUGCAGUUCCUAUUGACAUUAGAAUACUGGGUUGACAUACUCACGUGCAUAGGAGAUGGAAACCAAAAGCCUGACAUGCACACACCCCCAAAGCAUUGGAAUCCCUUCACCACUGUAUGGAAAUGUUGGCGCUGAAAACACACAUGCAUAUGGAUGCAGGCCCAUCUCGUAUCUGCCGCACUAACUUUAAAUAAUUUCAUACGAAGGAACGAACACGCGUGUACAUAGGCACCAAAAUAACUGCAUGGGAAUAGAGGCUGUGGUUGUUAAGGGGAGUGUGGUGAAAGAUUACAAGCACAAACUGGCCUCCAUGUGGUGGGUUCUGCUUUGCAUGCGGUCAGGGUUACCGUCUAGGCACAUGAACACACACACACACACACACACACACGCUAGGACCAAGUCCAUAGAAUAAACCACCUCCUGUUGCAAGGCCGUAAAGCAUUCAUCGCAUUUCAUAGUGUAAGUUUGUUUUGGGUUUUUGCAAGGAAAGAAAGAAACAUUGGUUUUAACAUUUGCACUAAGAUAUACCCGUUUACUUGAGAUUGUGUCCCCUCCACUGAUAUUUUAUUUCCAUUAGUGAUGACUGAGGAAAGGCUCCAGGUCUUUUUUCACCUGAUUGACUUGAGAGAAAAGCCAUGCAUCCUUCCGUUCUCAUGCACGCUAUCCCAUCUAUUGUCCAUUUUCUGUAGCUGGCCUUUACAUCACGUCAGGUCUCUCGAUUCCUCCCCCUUCUCCACACCCAACUGCUUUCCCUGCACCUCCUUUCCACGACAGAUAUCUAAAUGAAUCUAGCUAAAUCCUUCGGAUUUACUGAAUCUUUGCUGUUAUUUCAUAAUCAGUUGUAUUCUGUUAAAUUGCCAAAAUGUUAGCCAAAGAUGUUUUAGCAUGUUUUUAAGUUAUCCAGACAUUUUAGUAUGUUGUCAACACUUGCCCAUAAAUGCAGAGACAUUCCCUCCUUAAACAUGUUGUUACCCCAGGCCCCUGAACCUUAAUCUCAAUCUCUACAAAGUACUUCUUAAGUAUAUCAUCUUUAUUAUUGCUUUGUGCUUUUAAUGCAGCUCUUUUAUCAAUCUGUUUUUAGUAAGAGGUCUCCUGUCUGUUGCAGGCAGAUUGGGGUCUAUGUGCAGCAGCAGUCUCUUCCGGUGAUCGGUGUUUGUACAGAUUUGUAAAUAGUGUGCUCUUUUCUUUUGUCUUGUCAUUCUAAUGGUACAAUAUGGGGCCUGGAAUGUUUUAAGGUCCAAGCAGACACUAGGUGGGAUACUGUUUGAUGUCUCUUCCCCAAGCGAAGACGACACUGGCUGGCGCUCCUACGACCUGCUCCUGGAGGGUUCAUUCAUCUCUUUAGCUCCGCUUUAACCACUAUUAGUGCUAGAGACAGAUGCUGAAUAAAGGAUAAAGCAGAGACAAAGACAGGUUAUUGUUGGAUAGGGAAGGAAUCCCUGUAACUAUAAUGUUCAGAACCCUCCGAUGUGGGUGUGGUCAGUACCGUUCUAGUGGGUUGAUUGAUGUACCAAUGCUAGAUCAUAGAUGUAAUCACGUUGCUAUGACGAGGCUCUUCAGUGUGUCCUCCCAUCUGGUGUAACGGCUCCAAUGAGUCUAACCUUCCAGGCUUCAGCUUAGUAGCGUGUAAUGCAGACUUGUUACAUGGGCAUUGUUCAUUCUGUUACCUUGACCUUCCCCCCCCUCCCCGAGUAGCGAUGUUGGAGAAAAAAAAAAAAAAAGAAGGCCUGUACUGUUGCUAACGUUGUUUUAAUUUAAUCCCUUGCUUUGUGCGAGUUCUAUAAAAACAAAGGAAGAAAAGGCUAAAGAGCUUGUUAAUGUUGUGCCUCAUCUCCCACCGAGCCGGUCUUCUCUCUGUAAAUGAAACUAAUGAACUGCAUUGUGUAGCAUGAACAGCUAACAUGAUCGACUCCUUGUUACUCAUAGCCUGUCAUUGUCCUCUUUAAUAAAGACUUGAUGUACAGUAGAGGUCCGAACUCACUCAUGAAGGGCUAUUCUGAUCACUUAAACCCUGGCAAGAUUUGGGAAAAUUGCACAAUACAAAAUAGUACAUAGUUUAGAUGUGUUCUGGUUGCUGAACACAGAAACGUGUCUAUCAUUCUGAACAUCUCACAGCAAGACGAUGGUUUGACCAGCAGUAUGGCCACCUCCGUCUGCCUGCCCUUCAUGACCUGAGAUUGACACACACUGGUUGUGUUGGAUGGCGUUUAACACAGUGCACACCCAGCCCAUGAGAGGUUAGCUGUUGAUGGGAUUUCAACUUGCUGUAGGUGAGUGUGCAUUUAUGAGCGAGCAAACAAAAGGCAACGCAACCAAUGUUGUGGCGAGGUUUCUAGAAUGUUACUGCUGACAGUAAGUUGCUAGUGUGCUGGGCUGUGCUUGCCCAAUCUCAGGUGGACAUAUCAGAUUUUUUUUAUGCCAAGAGCAAGUGAAUGAUUAAUUUUCAUAAGUUGGUUUUGGCUGUUAUAUUUACUCUGAAUUGAUCCUUUUUGCAUUGGGAUGAAUGAAUGAUUGUCUGUAGGAUUGUGUGUAAUUACAAAAUGGACAACUUCAGAUCUGUGUAAUACUUAUAUUAAUGCUAUGUAAUUUCUCCCUUUAUAUUGUAUGUUUCAUCCCCUUCCCCAAAACAAAUAUUUUGGGGUGCAUUCAGUACAUUUAACCCAUUUCUGGAAAUGGGAGUUCUCCUUAAUUAAACUUGUGAAUUAAAUUCA